UCCUUAGCCAAAUUCUUUCGCCCAAAUCCCUAAAGCCACCUCACGGACUCCCUCUUCGUCAAAAUUUUUCCGCCUCAAACCUUACUCCUCUUCGCCAAAACCCUUCUUCUCUGCUUGAAACCUUCCUCUCUACCAAAAUCUUCCUCCACCUUUACGUGCAUGCUCUGCGAGGGCAAGCCGUCGUACCCUCUGCUCCACCCCCCGUUGCCCCCGCCACCGGCGUCCCGUCAGGUCGCCUGCGGAUCCGCCGCCUGCUCUGCCGUCCACUCGGGGCUCUAGGCGUUUGAUCUCUGCGCCAUCGCCACAUGUACACUGGACAACAUCGAGACGGACUCCUGCUCCGCCCCGUGCCCCCGAUUCUACUACGCCUACGGCGAUGGGAGCCUCGUCACCCGCCUACGCUGUGGUCCCCUCACCCUCCACAACUCCGCCGUUCCCUCCUCCGCGACACUCCGCUUGCAGAACUUCACCUUUGCGUGUGCGCACUCCGCACUAGCGGACCCGUCGUCGUAGCGGGUUUCGGUCGCGACCCGCUUUCUCUGCCUGCCCAGCUAGCGGCUCUUUCGCCCUCCCUCAUCGCCCGCUUCUCUUACUGUCUCGUCUCACACUCCUUCAAGAAAGACCACCUUCUCCAGCCUAGCCCGCUCAUCCUUGGCCGAACUGAGCCGAAGCCAUCCGCACCGGACAAAUAUCCGCCCUUCAUCCACACCCCGCUCCUCCACAACCCCAAACACCCCUACUUCUACUUUGUCGGCCUCGAGUCCCUGUCGGUCAGGUCAAACCAGAUUUGGAUGCCUCCCGAAUUGAGGGACGUCGAUCGGAAAGUAAACAGCGGGAUGGUGGUCGAUUCGGGCACCACCUUCACAAUGCUUCCGGCAGAGACCUACACGAGUUUGGCGUACGAAUUCGACCAGCAGAUGAGCCGGGCGGGAUUCUAACGAAUUGAUAGGUUGUAAUUCCCUUACAUCAGCUGAUUUCAAUUGUACCCUCUACAAACAAAAUAAAUUCUA